AUGGCCUGCAUGGCGGUGGCGAUGGCCUGCAUGGCUGCAGGAGCAGCGUACGGGUGGGCACCUCCGCAUGCAGGAAGAGCUUCCCUCGGCUACUUCCAUGCCCAUCACAGGAAGAGCUCGUGCUUCCAUGCUGCACGAGCGACGGGCUCCUCCUCCAGACGUUCAAACCCUUGCGCGCCUGUCAUGGCAGCCGCCACCUCCAGUAAGGACACCUGGUUGCAGGGAUGGAGAUCCAUGGAGGAAGAGAUCCAGCCGUACACAAUCCCUGCUGAGAGCAUGGAGGGUUCGAUCCCCUCCGAUCUCGUCGGCUCUUUGUAUCGCAACGGACCCGGCAAGUUCGAGCUCGGCACCAACAAGUUGCAGCAUCCCUUGGAUGGUGACGGGUUGGUCAGCGCCUUCACGUUUGCUGGGGAUGGGACCUGCUUGCUCCGGAGCAGGUUCGUCCGAACGGAGAGCUACGUCAAAGAGAGCACUGCCCUCGAGAACGGAUACAGCGGUCUCCCGCUCUUCCGGGGGUUCUUCGGAAGCAAGGGAAUGCAGAAGGAAGUCAAGAACUGCGCCAACACCAACGCCAUGCUCUUCGGGGGUCGUCUCCUCGCUCUCUAUGAAUGCGGUCUGCCCUUCGAGCUGGACCCUGCCAGCCUGUACACCAUCGGGCAGACUAGGAUCGCCAAGUCGCUUCCAGCUGACGGCAGUUUCACGGCAAGACCAAGGUUUGAUCCGGCCAACGAUCGUCUGGUCGGGUUCACCUACAAGGCGCUGGGAGGAGGAGAGGUGGAGUUCAUCGAGUACAGUCAGUCGUGGGAGGUGGAGAGCAAGAAGUCAUUCAACGCUGGGGGGCACGCAAUCUUCCACGACUUCGCGUUCACGAGGAGGAACUACAUCCUCCACCAGGCCCCGACAUCUUUCAACUCGCUCAAGUACAACCUUGGGAUUGGGUCGGCGAUCGAUAACAUCCAGUACGACGGGUCGAAGAAGUCGACUAUCCACAUCGUACCAAGAGAUGGAGGCAAAGCUAGAUCUUUCACUGUAGACGCUGGUUUGUGA